ACCGACGAAGAACGUCAACAGGAACAAGGCUAAAGGCGAACGAGUUGUCGUGCGUUUGUCUGUGAAGUGAUUCAUUUUAGUGACUAUAUUGUUGAUAAUCUUGCAGACCUACACACAAAGUCAACAUGGGGAAGCGACAGCACCAAAAAGAUAAGAUGUACAUCACGUGCGCGGAGUACACACACUUUUAUGGAGGAAAACGAUCCGAAAUACCACAGGCAAAUUUCAGACGGCUUCCGUUUGAUCAUUGCAGCUUGUCCCUUCAGCCGUUUGAGUAUCCCGUCUGCACUGAGGAGGGUGUUGUUUUUGACCUGCUGAGCAUUGUUCCAUGGAUCAAGAAGUAUGGCACUAAUCCGGCCUCAGGAGAGAAACUGGAAGCAAAGUCUCUCGUCAGACUUAACUUUGCCAAGAACAAUGAAGGAAAAUAUCACUGCCCUGUUCUAUACAAUGUCUUCACAAACAAUUCUUACAUCGUCGCCAACAAGGUCACAGGCAACGUGUUCUCUCAUGAGGCUGUUGAGCAACUCAACUUUAAAACUAAGAGUUUUAAAGAUCUGCUGACUGAUGAGCCCUUUACCAGAAAGGAUAUAAUAACACUUCAGGACCCAACAAACCUGGACAAAUUCAAUGUUUCUGACUUCUUCCACGUGAAGAACAACCUAAAGGUGUUGGAUCCAGAUGAGGAAAAAGCUAAGCAGGAUCCAGCCUACCAUCUGAGGACCACUAAUCUUGAGACCAGAGAGACCUUAGCUGAGCUGUACAAAGACUACAAGGGCGACCAGCUCCUGGCUUCCACCAUGAAGGAGCCUGAGGCUAAGAAGACGGAUAAGUUGAAUGCUGCUCACUACUCCACUGGCAGAGUUUCUGCCUCAUUCACGUCCACGGCCAUGACUCCUGCAACAAUACACGAAGCAGAUGCCAUCACAGACGACACUGUGCGUUACCAGUAUGUGAAGAAAAAAGGCUACGUCCGUGUGCACACAAACAAAGGAGACAUCAAUUUCGAGUUACACUGUGAUAAGGUUCCCAAAGCUGGAGAGAACUUUGUUCGUCUGUGUAAGAAAGGAUAUUAUGAUGGGACGGUUUUCCACAGGUCCAUCCGGAAUUUCAUGAUUCAAGGAGGGGAUCCCACUGGCACUGGCACAGGAGGGGAGUCAUUCUGGGGAAAACCUUUCAAGGAUGAGUUUCGGCCCAAUCUGUCCCACACUGGCCGGGGUGUUCUCAGCAUGGCCAACUCUGGUCCAAACACCAACAAGUCCCAGUUCUUCAUCACAUUCCGGUCAUGUACAUACCUUGACAGAAAGCACACAGUAUUUGGAAGGGUUGUUGGUGGAUUUGAGGCACUCACAGCCAUGGAGAAUGUGGAAAGUGAUCCCAAAACAGACAAACCAAAGUCGGAGAUAAAGAUCCUAAGUACGACAGUGUUCGUGGACCCGUAUGAAGAGGCUGAUGCUCAGAUCGCGGCAGAACGAGAAAAAGAGGUGCAGAGGCAAGAGGAGGAGAGGCAGCAGACCAGUGUCACCCUGAAGAAAACUAAAGAGCAGCAGGCACCAAAAACCUUCAAACAGGGUGUAGGGAAAUAUAUCAACCCGGCCACAAUAAAACGUCCUGCUGCUGAAGAUGACAGUGGCCCGUCCACCAGCGGAGCAGUGGCACCCAAGAAGUCUAAAGGCAAAAGCAGCUUCGGAGACUUCAGCUCCUGGUAGCAGCAACACUUUUAAAGUUCUCUGAUUGUUUUACUGAAAACCCCCAGUAUAUAAAACCGUAUGUCAUUAAUACAUAGGUUAUUGUAUUGUUUAUCAUUUCUCAACAGUUUUGGCAUCUUGUGAAAAUCUUAAUUAAAGUUACUUCUUUUUCUUUUUCA